GAUCCUUAGGAAGCUGAUGUGUUAUUCCUUCUCUGCAUCGAAGGAUCAGGAAGUUUGUGUUCUCUGCGUGGCUAAGAAGUUUUUCACCUACCGAGACGGGGAUUGGGAGGGGGGAACAGGUGCCCUCCUAAUAUAGAACGCAAACCACCGCCUGCGUCCACCAUAACCCAGGAUUAAUAUCAGAAACAGGUGAGAAUGACCACUUUAACUCACCGGGCUCGUCGCACUGAAGUAAGCAAGAACUCUGAAAAGAAGGUAGAAAGUGAGGAAGACUGUAAUCAAGAGAGGAAUCCAGACAUUGAAGACCCUGGAGACUCCAAGGAUAUACGCCUCACCCUUAUGGAAGAAGUAUUGCUCCUGGGACUAAAAGAUAAAGAGGGUUACACAUCUUUCUGGAAUGACUGCAUAUCAUCUGGCCUGCGAGGGGGCAUCCUGAUAGAGCUGGCAAUGCGGGGUCGGAUCUAUCUGGAACCCCCCACCAUGCGUAAGAAGCGACUGCUAGACAGAAAGGUAUUGCUGAAGUCAGACAGCCCAACAGGUGACGUUUUACUAGACGAAACUCUCAAACACAUCAAAGCGACUGAGCCCACAGAAACUGUCCAGACAUGGAUAGAGCUGCUCACUGGUGAGACCUGGAACCCCUUCAAAUUACAGUACCAGCUAAGAAAUGUACGAGAGCGAAUUGCCAAGAACCUCGUGGAGAAGGGUAUUCUGACCACUGAGAAGCAGAAUUUCCUGCUUUUUGACAUGACUACUCAUCCAGUGACCAAUACAACCGAGAAACAGAGACUAGUGAAAAAACUUCAGGAUAGUGUUCUAGAGCGGUGGGUAAAUGACCCUCAGCGGAUGGACAAGCGAACACUAGCUCUCCUGGUGCUCGCCCACUCCUCUGAUGUGCUGGAGAAUGUCUUCUCCUCUCUGACAGACGACAAGUAUGAUGUAGCAAUGAAUCGAGCCAAGGACAUAGUAGAACUGGACCCCGAAGUGGAGGGGACGAAGCACAGUGCCACAGAGAUGAUCUGGGCUGUGCUGGCGGCCUUCAAUAAAUCCUAAAGCCAGUAGGUGGGUUCUCCUAGCCCCUUGCUGGUUGUUGACCGUCAGAGACCCAUACUGAGUUUUGUGUGAUGAGCUGUUUUCAUGGCUUUUUUUCCUCCCCUUCUCUUGAAUCAGACUCGUGAUUGGAGGAGAGCAACUUCAGGGCUUCUUUGUAGACUUUGGCCAUUGGAGUAAGCAGGUUUUAUUCUCCCUGUCCUUCCAUUCCGUAGGUGAAUGAAGUGAGUGAACCUAUACACACCAAUAAACACGUUCUUCCA